AAAGAAACUUCUAUGGCUUUCACUGGAACUUGGGGUGGAGAGUAUUCAUUAGAAAACUUUGUUCACUCGACCACCAUCAUGAAUUUCGCCACUCUUGCUCUUGCCCUUCUGCUGGCCGUCGGCUCUAAUGCCGCGUCCAUGCAAGCUGAUGCACCUAACCAGCUGCAGCAUGUCCGCUCCCUCAUGGAGCUCUACAUGACUCAGAUGAAGGACAGUGCCCACAAAGUCCUGGACCAGCUCGAUCAAACCGAGUACAGCGAACUUAAGGCCAGCCUGUCUCAGCGCCUGGAUGACACAUACACUCAGAUCAAGGCUCUGCAGGCCUCUGUUUCCCCCAUCACCGACAAUGUUGUCACUACCAUUGCUGACGCCACCGCUGACUUCCGUGCCUCUGUCGAUGCUGAUAUCCAAGCCCUGAAGCUCGACCUCGAGCCCAAGCGCGCUGAGCUGAGGAGAGUCAUCACCGAGCACAUUGAAGAAUACCGUCGUCAGCUGGAGCCCAUCAUCACAGACUACCAUACCAAGCACACCGCAGAUAUGGAUGCCCUGAAGAUCAAGCUGCAGCCCGUGGUUGACGCAAUGAAGACCAGUGUUGCUGCCAAUGUGGAGGAGACCAAGACCGCCCUGAUGCCCAUUUUGGAAUCUGUGCGUGCUAAGCUCUCAGAGCGUCUUGAGAAUCUGAAGGAUAUAGCUACUCCCUACGUCGAGGAAUACAAGGAUCAGCUGAAGCAGGCCUACGGCCAGGCACAAUCCGUCAAACCCGAAGACCUCACUGCCCUGAAGGAAAAGAUUGCACCCAUGGCUGAUGAAGUCAGGGCUAAGGUCACAGAAAUGUUCGAGGCCAUCGCUGCUACCUUCCAGAAGAGCUAAAUCCUCUCCACCCUGUUCCUGUACCUAACCUUACCUGCCUGCCUGUUAUAGAUCCAUCCCACCUUUCUCUCCAUUCCUUUUUUCUUCACAUGCACACACAGAACAUCUCCCAAAAUGAAGCCAAUACCUAACUGAUGCACAUCACUGCAACAAAAUGGCAGGACUCUUGCUUUUCUCUCCAACAAGCAAACAACUUCAUACGCACAUGCUCAAGCACAAGCGAAGACAUACACAGACUCUCACAUAACUCAGCACACACACGCUUUGCUCUUCAUGUGCCAAGGCCAGCUGCUUACAUUAUGUGUAGGAAUUGUAUGUGAAUGAUCCCAAAUGCCUGAACCUCUGUGAUAUGAUGCUUGUUUGAUCAAAACUGUGCUUUGACUAAAUACAGCUCAAUAAACAUCUGACUCUUA